GCAUUUUCUACAUCUUCAAAGAAGAAGAAAAGUCCAUAAAUAAAUUGACCCACUUUAAGGCCAGUUCAUCAGUCCCGGUUUAAACAAAAGUUGAUUUUUAAUUAGAAUAGACAGAAAAGAAGGAUGAUUCUUUCUACUCUUUAAAAUAAAGAUUAGGGUUGCGACUCCGCUAAUUAAAAGCCCAGGAGAGGUAAACACGAAGCUUUCUUGUUCAUUGUUUCAAGAUUUCACUUUCCAUAUAUUCUUCUUUUGUCUGAUUGCUUUUUCUUUACCUUCUUGGUGUAAAAUAUUCCUUAUCCAUCCUUGUUUUUCUUCUUUAGUUUUAGCGAAUCUCGACAAAAGCAGCAACGGUCUUUGCGAGUUAUCUAAUUAGUUUACCAGAUUUUCCAAAAGUUAAUAUAUGACUAAUUUCGGUGUUAGUUUUCCAAAUCAAGAAACCAUUUCUUGAUUUUGACUUUUGGUUUCGUUUCAGUGAUCUGUUUUUCUUGGUAGACAAAGCAAACUUUCAACUUUAGUUAGGGUUUUAAUCCCUUAAAAGAUCUCAUUCUUGGGGUUCGAUUUUGUAAGAACACAUUAAAAUGGUGAGAGGAAAGAUCCAGAUCAAGAAGAUUGAGAACACCACAAGCAGACAAGUCACCUUCUCUAAGAGAAGGAAGGGCCUCUUUAAGAAGGCUCAUGAGCUUUCUGUUCUUUGUGAUUCUCAAGUCGCAGCAAUAAUCUUCUCUCAGAAGGGAAGAUUAUAUGAUUUCGCCAGCUCCGAUAUCCAGAAGACGAUCAACCGAUAUGCCGAGUAUAAGAGAGAGUAUUUCGUUGCAGAAAGUCACCCCAUUGAGCAAUAUGUGCAGGGACUAAAGAAUGACAUGGUGACAAUGGUGGAAAAGAUUGAAAUGCUUGAAGUGCAUAACCGGAAGUUGAUGGGGCAAAACCUGGCUUCUUGUUCGGUGAAAGAACUCCAGGAGAUAGCCACACAGAUAGAGAAAAGCCUUCAUAUUGUUAGAUCAAGAAAGGCUAAGUUAUAUGAAGAUGAAAUAGAGAAACUAAAAGCCAAGGAGAGGGAGCUCAAGGACGAGAGAGUCAGGCUUUCUGGAAGGGUUGGAGAAAUACCAAUGGGGACGCCAUCAAGUAGCAAAGAGAAAGAGGAUGUGGAAACUGACCUAGUUAUCGGAUAUCCGAAGAGCCGACCAUAAGAUCUUUCUUGUUCGUUUAACAUGAUUUUAGCUACUUAUUAUCUCAAUUAAUGUCUGUAAAUUAAUAAUGUAUCGAUCACACUUAUUAAUGUUAUAUACCCAAAAUAAUGUGUCAGAGUGUACUAACUAUAUUUUUUUCUUUGUGGAUGUAAGGUUUAAUUACUUAUUUCUUUAUGAAUAUACUAUAU